UGGCACCCCCAGCCUGCUUUAAGGCAGCUCCCGGAUGACGCGCGAGGCCGGCCUCGCGGCUCCAGUCAGCUCCUCUCCGCCCCCUGCAGGCUGGCCGCUGGGACCGCACAGGGCAGAGGCAGGGCACCGAGAGCAGAGAGCGCUCCUUCACGCCCGCCGGAGCCGCGGCGCCCUGGCCGCUGCCCGCCAUGGCACGGGUGCUCAUCGUGGGCUCGGGGCUGACAGGAAGCUUGUGCGCUGCGCUGCUGCGGAAGGAAACGAGCAGUCCUUUGUACCUCGCUGUGUGGGACAAGGCUGGGGACUCGGUUUUUAUGAUGAACUGUUAGAUCAUGGCAUUUUGAAGCCUCUGACUGCUCAUAUAGAAGGAAUGGUGAUGAAAGAAGGAGAUUGUAACUUUGUGGCACCUCAAGGAAUUUCUUCAGUUGUUAAACAUUACUUGAAAGAAUCAGGUGCAGAAGUCUACUUCAGACACUGUGUGACCCAAAUCAACCUGAGAAAUGACAAGUGGGAAGUCUCCAAGGAAACAGGCUCCCCAGAGCAGUUUGAUCUUGUUGUCCUCACGAUGCCAGUUCCUCAGAUUCUGCAGCUUCAAGGUGACAUCGUGAACUUAAUUAGCGAAUGCCAAAGGAAGCAACUGGAGUCCGUGAGCUACUCCUCUCGCUAUGCUCUGGGCCUCUUUUAUGAAGCUGGCACGAAGAUUGAUGUCCCAUGGGCUGGGCAGUACAUCACCAGUAAUCCCUGCAUACGCUUCAUCUCCAUUGAUAAUAAGAAGCGCAAUAUAGAGUCAUCAGAAAUUGGGCCUUCCAUCGUGGUUCACACCACUGUCCCAUUUGGAGUUGCAUACUUGCAACACAGCAUGGCAGAAGUACAGGAGUUAAUCAUCCAGCAACUGGAAAAUAUUUUGCCAGGUUUGCCUCAGCCAGUUGCUACCAAAUGCCAGAAAUGGACGCAUUCACAGAACUCUUCAGGAGAGAAAGAUGAAUACCUGCACACCACAGCAAGCUGAAGUGCUUUUCAAAGUUAGAUAAACCUGCUGCUCGCCCUGUAAGCUCUAGCUUAAGUCUAUUUAUAAUAAGCAAAUACUUUUAAAAAAAUGAUUUUGCAUUUGAGUAUUGGUAGAGACAGUCUUUUGACCUCUUUAAGAAGUCGUUUGGGGGCAACUGAGUAGAGAAAAGAAGCAGUAAGUUAUGCAGUCGUUUCCUGAGACUUCAGAGCUCAUUGACUGACUUAUCAACACUGCUCGUUCUCCAAGUUGUGAAGCAUUAGAAGCGCUGUUGGAGGAAAUGGCAGCACGUUUUGUAUGUUUUAAAGGGCUUUUCAAAAUCAGAGGAAAUGGUAAAUUACUUCCUAAAAUAUUGCAGUGGGUCUACAUGUUUACUUAUAUCUCCUCAAGUUAAAUUAUACAGUGAACUUUUGGGGGAAAUGUUUACUUAAACACAUUAUGGUCACUUUAGAAGACUUUGCUUUUUCUUCUUAAAAGCAAGGAAAAAAAUCGCAAUAGUUAAUGUCUUUAAUUAUAUUUAACUCAGUUUUAGACUGGCUUGAAAAAGAACAUGGAGAAAUAAUCUUGAUAUAAUUUGAUGCUAUAUAUAGUACACAAGUCACUUUGCAAUUUGUAAUAAUUCCUUUAAAAGAAAAAAAGUUUGAGGUCUCUCAUUGUGUCUUCCUCAUAAAUAAUUCACUAGUAAAUUGAAAGUAAGUUUCAGAUCUACUGAUUUCUUAAAAUCUGAUGUUUGUAAAAAUAGAUUUGUCCUACCCACAAAAAUGAUCUAUUCAAUAUUGUGCAAUCAUAAAAUUUAAUUUAAAAAUCUUUGAACACUAUGUACAUCCAAACCUUAGUGAUGAUUUUUAAUCACAAUUUGGAUGCUGAAAUUAACUCACUACAUUUACAACUCUCUAGUUAUGAAAUCUGCAUUGGCUGAAAGGCCUGAAAGGGAAUGUGUUAUUAAUCAGACUUUGAAUUCAGCAUUGUCCUUUUUUCAUAUACUUCUUAUAUUACCUUUAGCAUUUUAUAGAAUACAACAUUGUCAUGGCAAAGACCUUACCUGCAUUAUAACACUGAUACAAAUCAAACAUAUCUUUUUCUAAGGUGAUGUAUAUAUCUGAUUAAUUAAAUCAAAAGAAUCAAUAUUUAGCUGGUCAGUUUUCAGCUACUCUUCCCGAGAGAGCAUUUCUUCAAUGCCUUUAAAAUGCAUCAUAUCCUUUGGAAUCUGACAUAAAUGUAUGCACUCCUGUUCCCUUGCCAUCAUCAUACAAAUGAUCUACCUUUAGCAAAUUCAUACUUAUGUGUGUAUGAAUAUUAGUCAGUAAAGUGCUAAACUGAAGGAAAGGGUGAUAUCGGGCCAGGAACAACAGGAAAGAGGACCAACCAACUGAUUCUACAUUUCUCCCAUAUCUGAAGAGAGGUACAGAGCCAUUUAGGGGGAAACCCCACCCUUAUCUUCCAGUCUGGAUCCCACACUAUGUUCCAUUUCUUAUCCUCUCCCUGUAAGACUCCACCAAAACCUUCUCUUAUUCUUCACACUUCACCCCCUUCCCUCUUUUUAUCUUUCUCUGAAAAAACAAAUGAUAGGGUCCUACACAUCCUCAUUUUAUUAAAACUUCAAUAGGCCUCAGAGCUGUGCCCCAGUGUCAGCCAAUGGUGAGUUAUUGAGAAUUCCCCAUCUUAGACCCCUCAUGCUUAACACUUUUUUCUAAUUCAUUCAUUUUCCCCUUUUUCUCUUUUGUGAUCCUGGCACCAGAUCCUAACACAUAGUUCUACGGGGAAUAGGGAACAAGAAUAGAAACUAUGAGGGACAGAAACUAUGAUGAACACCUCUAUGGUGCUAGGCCCAAAGCUAGCUGAUUGAAUAAUGUGAUCUCAUUUAAUGUUAAAAGUAGCUUUACAAGACAACACUGAAUGCUGGUGAGGAUGUGAAGUAAUAGGAACUCUCAUUUGUUGCUGGUGGGAAUGUAAAAGGGUAUAGCCAUUUUAGAAGACUGAUUGGCAGUUUCUUUAAAAACCCACAAUACUCAUGUUAUAUGGUAAAGCUAUCACUUCCCUAAGUACUUAGUAAAUGAAGCUGAAAACAUGCCCACAGAAAACUUGCAGUGGAUAUUUAUUGCAAUUUUACUCAUAAUUGCCAAAACUUGGAAGCAACCAAGAUGUUCUUCAGUAGAUGAAUGAAUAAACUGUGGUACAUCCAUACAAGGGAAUAUUAUUCAACACAACAAAGAUGAACUGCCAAUUCAAAAGACAUUGAAAAGAUUUAAAUGGGUCUUACUAAAGGAAAGAAGUGAAUCUGAAAAGGCUACAUGUUGUAUGGUUUCAACUUUCCGUGACUUCCUGGAAAAGACAACACUGUGGAGAGACAAAAUGAUGAGCGGCUGCCUGAGGUUAGAGGGGUGGAAGGAUGAGUGGGCAAGACAAAGAGGAUUUGUAGGGCAGUACAAAAAUGUUCUGUCUUUACUAUAAGGGAGAACACAGGUCAUGAUAUAUUGUUCAAACCUAUGGACUGUACAACAUCAAGAGUGAACCCUAACGUGAACUAUGGACUUUGGGUGAUAAAGUUCUGUCUAUGUAGAUUCACCAUUUGUAACAAAUGCACCACUGUAGUCAGGAAUGUUGAUAAUUGGGAAGGUAUGAAUGUGUAAUGUCAAACAAGAUAUGGGAAAUCUCUGUACUUCCUUCUCAAUUUCUCUGGGAACCUAAAACUGCCCUUCGAAAAUCAUUAUAAAGGGGCCUGCACUGUAACAGAAUGGGUUAAGCCACUGCCUAUUACUAUAGCAUCCCAUAUGGGCACCUGUUUAAGCCCUGGCUGUUUCACUUCCCAUCCAGAGCCCUGCUAAUGUGCCUAGGAAAGCAGAAGAUGACCCAAGUCCUUGGACCCCUGCACUCACCCACAUGGGAGAGCCAAAUGAAACUCCUGGCUUCAGCCUGGCCCAGCUCUGGCUGUUGCAGCCAUUUGGGAAGUAAACCAGUGGAUUGAAGAUCUUUCUUUUUCUCUCUCUCUCCCUUUCUCUCUUUCUCCAGCUCUGCCAUUCAAAUAGACAAAGUAAAUCUUUUUAAAAAAUGAAACUAAACCAACUAUCUUUACUUUUUAAACCCAGACAUGGAAGGGGACCCGGGAGUGAAGCCAAGUGGCCCAGGGAUCCAGAAAGCACAGGGAUUACAAUCACCUCCACCAGAAAAGUCAUUAUAAAAAUUUUAAAAGUUAAGCCCAAAUAAAAAAUUGUCUAGUGGUAAAACCCAAUAAAUUAUUUGAAAUAUAUAUUUUUAAAACUAGUCUCAUGAAGUUGCUAGUUCUAACCCACCAUAGUGAUGAAAAAACAAAGCCUCAAAGAGAUGAAAAUAACUUCCUUAAGGUGCUAUGGCUAGUAAUGACAACACCAGUCCACCUGCCUCUCAAGUCCUCCUCCUCCCCCCAACUCAGUCUGUUCCUGUUGUUGCCGUAACAAAUACCAGAAACUCGGUAGCUUAAAACAACACAAAUGUAUUAUCUUACAGUUGUGGAGAUCAGAAGUUUAAGAUGGGUCUCCCAGGGCUGCGAUCCUUUCCAGAGGCUCAAGGAGAUAAUCCAUUUUCAUGUUUUUUCCAUCUUUUAGAAGCUGCCCACAUUCUUUGGCUUGAGCUGCUGCCUCCAUCUUCAAAGCCAGCAACAACCGUCAAGCCCUUUGCACGCUGCACCACUCUGACCUUUCCUUCUGCCUCCCUUCCUUUAAGUACCUUUGUGAUUUCAUUGGUCCCACCUGGAUAAUCUGGGCUACUCUCCCCCUCUCAGAUUCAGCUGCUUAGUCAUUUUCAUUGCAUUUGCAACCUUCACUCUUCCUCUCCACAUGAAACCUACCAUUUUCACAGUUUCCAGGAAUGUGGGUAUCAUUUGGUGGGGUUGUUUUUCCUGCCUUCAACACCCAUCCCCUCCAAGCUCUCCUCCGCAAUCCCUUGGUUAUCGCCUUUUAUGAGCCCUGUAAGGCUUGAGCCACAGUAAGCUAAAAGCGACAGGGGAGUUUUGUGUGGAGGUACUUUUUUAUUACCCUGGUGCUCUCCCAUGCCCAGCUGCAGUCUCUAAUGUCACAUAUCCACAGUGGCCGCAUAGGAGGGGAAAAUGCUUGUUCAUUUAUUCACUUGGUUACUCAUCUUUUCAGUAAGAAUUCAAUGAAUGCCUGCAAAAUGCUAUUACUCUGCUCAUGAAACACUGGGCACUAAUAUUUGUAGAAGGCUUUCUCCUAAGACACUAAGUUGAAUUUUGUCUUUAAGAAAAUGCUGCAUUCUUGGGACUGCUGGUCUUCAGUGAGGAAAGGGGCAGAUGAAGAAAGAAGGUGUGUUGGAAAGACUUGGGACUGCCUCUGGGCCCUCCCACUUUGGGUUUGAGUAAACAACUGAGUAGUUGGUUCAAACAAGCCUAGCAAAUAUAAUGGUGGAUUUUGUGUGUCUGUGUGUGGUUCAUAGUUCCUCCCUUUUGCAGCUAUUUGCCCUUCAUAAUUUAGAUGUUUAUCUAGUUAUUUUAACUUGAUGCUUAGUCUGUAAUUCAUUGAUCAAGGUUUUUGUAACAAGUGUGAUAAAUUAACCCUUUGGUCAGAUGACCAAUAGGUGAAAAUGCCCUUCCAUGUGCCUUAACAGGGAACAUUUAAUCAGCUUGAUAACCCUAAUAUUCACAUCAUUAUCAUUUGCUAUACUUUCAUGUUUUAGUGUCUAUUAUUAUUUCUUUCUCAAACUAUAACAAAUAUCAGGUUUAACUCUGAUUUUCCCCACAUUUCUUCCAUUCCAGAAAAUAUUAGUGGCCCUUUUGUCCCACUUUAUUUAGAACACUCACAUAUUGAUUUUUUUUAAAUCACCAGAUGUAUUUUUAAAUAUCAAGAUCAGAAGAAUUUAAGUGGAAGGGGAGGUGGUGAUAAAUACAUUGGUAUCUUUUACAAACUUAAUGGAUUUUGACUAGCCUAUUAAGCUUGCAUAAUAUAAUUAGAAAACAAUUGUCUUCUAUACUUGUGUUUCUUUACUUAGUCUUUUGCCCUAAAACUGU